GCAGAGUUUCGGGAGACCCGGGCAGCGCAGGAUUUCUUCGCCACCUGCCGGAGCCCCAAACUGUGCUGUGAGCUGACGCUGCAGCCGCUCAGACGAUUCCCGCUGGAUGCUGCCAUCAUCUUCUCUGACAUCUUGGUGGUGCCCCAGGCGCUGGGCAUGGAGGUUGUCAUGGUCCCCGGCAAAGGACCCACGUUCACAGAGCCCCUGAAGGAGGUGGAGGAUCUGCUGAAACUGCGACAGAAGGUGGACGUGACCGCCGAGCUGGGUUACGUCUUCCAGGCCAUCACGCUGACGCGACACUGCCUGGAGGGCAGGGUGCCGCUCAUCGGCUUCUCCGGGGCGCCCUGGACGCUCAUGUCCUACAUGAUCGAAGGCGGUGGCUCCACUACGAUGGCCAAGGCCAAGAGCUGGCUCUACCGUCACCCCGAGGCCAGCGCAGCUCUCCCCACCCUGUAUGCCCGGCAGGCGCUCCAGCUGUUUGAAUCCCACGCGGGGCACCUGGGCCCGGAGCAGUUCCAGGAUUUCGCCCUGCCUUACAUCCGAGACAUCGCCCAGACUGUCAAGAGCAAACUGAAAGAGGAGGCGCUGCCCCUGGUCCCCAUGAUCAUCUUUGCGAAGGACGCGCACUACGCGCUGCGCGACCUGGCCCGUGCCGGUUACGAGGUGGUCGGACUCGACUGGACCAUCCGGCCCCAGGAAGCUCGCGCACAGACGGGGAAAGGUGUCACCCUGCAAGGGAACCUGGAUCCCUGCGCUCUCUAUGCACCCAAG